ACACACGCCAUCAACCGCAUACCACAACUCUAGAAGUUUCGGCUUGUAUAGGCACAGGACAACAUGUCAGCUAAACAGCCAUUCUCUGCCUCAAAAAACAACGGCUCCGGAAUGGGCAGUGCCCCAGUAACCCCAGAAUUGCGAAGUCGUACUAGACAUCAUUCCGCAGAGGAACACGCAACUAAUUCUCCAACUUCAACUACUAUAUCAGAGUCUGGAGCCAGUUUCUAUCGCAUGGACGAACCUCUGCGACCCACACUCCGGAGUCUCCCAAUCAAUUUGAAUGCUCCUCGUAAAAUUACCAUUCGCUCGGACAUAGCUUUGGUUACCUGCUUUGACCCGGCAGACAAGGAGUUAUAUGGCCUUUGGGCGCCUGGACCUUGAGAAUGGCCGCGGCAAUACCCUCAAUCUUGUCGCGGGCACGUCAGUCAUUAUUUCUUCAUGAUAGGCGAGAUGUUAAUUCUACAAACGUUCCUGGCGUUCUUGCUGCGGUAAACCU